UCCCCUAAUCUGUCGAAUCCCAUUUACUUACUAAACUCUUCUCACGCGGUGAACCAAACAUGAGAGAUUUUCUUGCUCUGCCCGCUUCUCCACAAGUUUCAACUUGGAACAAUUCCCACUCUUAGGGCUUUUUAGUCACCGAAAGGAAAAAGCCCUGAGGCCCUCUUCUUUCACUCGAAGCCUCUAUGACACCUUCGCGCCGCUCAACCCUAAUUGCCUUACCAACCCCACCUCGUCGCCGCCUCAAGAGCAGCGCCUUCUUUGGCGUCCGCAAUCGAGUCCAGCAUCGUCUGGGACAGCGUCUACUUCAUCCGGAUUGCCCAGUGUGGCUACGAGUACGAGCAGUCCUACGCCUUCUUGCCUCUGCUUCCCCUUUGCAUCUCCUUCUUCUCGUGAACAGGUUCGCCCCCAAAGAUUCGGGCUUUCGAUUGUACCUAAUUAGAAAUUUGGCAAUACUUUCCAUAAAGAAGGGUGCAUAUCUUUUGAAAUGUGGAAGAAGGGGAAGCCCAAGUUUUGUCCUUUCCGGCUUUCUACGAUAUGCAAGGACAAAGAGCAAGCUGAUUCUUGGAUUCUAGGAUUUGAGAGUCAUAAUAUCAAGGUGUCACCAUCCUAGACCAUUUAAUAGCUUGAGAGGUCACAAAGGAGUACAAAGUUGUAUUAGUAGUCCCGCUGGUCUUAUUCGGAGAAAGCAUAAUCUUGGACUUUCGGAGGAUGCCACUGAAUUUUCCCAGGUAGGGUUCUUAAUUUUCAGAGGUCUUACCUCUA